CCUUUUCAUCAACGAAGAAAACAGGAUGCGAUAGAGUUGUUUUCUUGAGCGUUGGUUUGUGUGUGGCUCUCUUUCCUUAUCUCCACCUACAAUCACUUCCUUCUCCUAGACACCCUUUUCGCUAUAUAUUGCAUGCAUUAUCUCUUCCAUUUCCUUCUACUGAUCUUGAGGAAUUUUCUGCAACUCGGAGAUAUGUCAGAUAAGGAAAACGGCCCUCCCGAAGGCUCGGCAUGGGCAGAGCUAAAGCUCCCAGACUUACUAUUUACUGACACUAUUAGAGAACUUCAUGCGGCCAUAGGAAAAGAGUGGGAUUCCCUCCAACAAUCAGCAUGCCAGACUGCAGCUGGAAGGGCGAUGUGGAAGCAUGUGGUCCAUGAUCCGGUGGCAGGGAUACUGGCGGGAGAGACAUACCUAAAAAGCUUUUAUGAUAAGAUAAAUAAAGACCGACUCAACAAUGCCCGAGAAAUCUCCGGAGUGAUACUUGCAGUCCGGACACUCUGGUUUGAUUCCAAACUUGAAUCAGCCCUCAGUUCCUUCAAUGGUGGUGAAGCGCAGGUGGUUCUCCUAGGUGCAGGAAUGGAUGCAAGGGCAUACCGUUUAAGCUGCCUCAAAGAAAGUGAUGUUUUUGAGGUUGAUUUCCCAGAGGUAUUGCAGAUCAAAACAUCUCUCCUACAAGCAGCAAUGGAACCCACAAAUGAAUACCAGCAUCUGAGAAUGACAGCAAAAUCCUUGACCAGAGUGGCAGCGGACAUCAGAGAACAUGACUGGGUCGAAAAGCUCCAGAAAUCAGGGUUUCUGCGAGAGAAGAAUACAGUGUGGGUUCUAGAAGGUAUCCUCUACUACCUUUCCCAUUCCCAAGCUAUGCAAGUGCUGAAGAUGAUAGCAGAUAAUUGUGGUGUUACCCACACAGUCCUCCUAGCAGAUUUUAUGAACAAAUCAUCGACCAUGCUUUCCACUUCCACCUUUCACUUCUACAGUGAUUGGCCAGAUCAUCUACUUCCAACUUUAGGGUUUUCUGAUGUCAAGCUUUCACAGAUUGGUGACCCAGAUGCAAAUUUUGGCCUCAUGCAUGAUCCAUUAAAUAUGUUCAACAAGCUCCGCAGCUUACCUAGGUCAGUUCAAACUCACCCAGAUGAUGGAACACCAUGCCGUCGCCUGUAUUUGGUGCAGGCUUCUGGUUCACCUAGGUGAACUAUCCCAUUGAUGGACAACCAUUCAUAGACAUAGAUACUAUACCUAUUCAAUUUCCAAUUAUACUGUAGCUGUGGGCAUCCUUGCUAGUUAGUGUUGCCUGUUGGAAUACAAAACAAGUUCGAAUGACAUAAUCACAGGACCUCUCAUCUGUUUGAUGAUUCUCUAAGCAGGCCCAGUAUCUUCUGGAUUAUAUUUAAGUUGUGCACUAGAUAUUUGGUAGCAUAGAUUUUCCAAGGAAAAUUUUCUAGUAUAUUUUGUUUCAGCUUCCAACUUCUAUUUAUGAUACAGUAAACAAGGAGAAAGUUCCAUGGUUAUACUUUUUUUCU